UUUCAAUUUCAUCUCGAAAUCAAGACUGCAACUUGCCCAUGUCCUGUCUAAUCUUGUGGUCCAUAAAUAUUGCCUAUGAGUUAUUUGUCAAAUUAAAAACACGUCCUAUGAUCGAGCUGUAUUCUUUGCUUCCUUGUCUUUGAUUUAUGAGGAAGACUACCAAGUGGCUCGGUGAUGGACUCUUGUUGAGCAAGGAGGCAGAGAAGGGGGGGAAAAAUCUUUCAUUAUUUGUGCUCUCAUAGUCCCAUUCAUCAGAAUUCCAGAAUUUGCUGUAAAAAAAUGGAGUUGGCUUCUUGGAUAUGGAAUUUAGCACCCUUUGCUGCAAUGAUAGCAGUGGAGUGCACAGAUGUGGGUGUAUCAACAAUUAGUAAAGCUGCUUUGGCACAAGGAAUGAGCAAAUAUGUUUCAGUUGUUUACUACAAUGCCCUUGCUACUCUCAUCCUUCUUCCUUAUUUCAUCUUCCACAGGAAGAAGAGAGCCCCUAUCACUCUCUCACUUUUGGUUAUAUUCUUCCUUCUUGCCUUAAAUGGGAGUACUGGACAAAUAUUGUUUCUAACUGCUGUCAAAUUGAGUUCCCCUACUCUGUCAUCUGCAAUGGCCAAUCUUAUCCCCAUUUUCACUUUCCUGCUUGCACUAAUUACAAGGAUGGAAACUCUAGAUUUAAGAAGAUCAAGCAGCCAAGCUAAAUCUGCGGGGGCUAUUGUUUCAGUAACAGGAGCAUUCAUAGUGACCCUCUAUAAAGGUCCUGCAGUCUUGAAGAGUCUAACUUCUAACUUUCACCAUGAUCAACUUCUUCUCUCGCAGAAAUCAGAUUGGAUCUUAGGAGGCUUUCUCCUUUUAAUCGUUUGCGUUUUGUCUGCAACAUGGACCGUUGCCCAGGGAGCCACUGUGAAGCAGUACCCAGAAGCAAUGACCAUUGUCUUCUUCUUCACCUUCUUUAUCACGAUCCAAAGUGCCAUCUUCUCACUCAUUUUGGAAAGAAAUCCAAAUGCCUGGAGACUGAAUUCUACCAUUGAAAUUAUAGCCAUUGUAUACACGGCUGUAUUUGGGAGUCUGUUUCGCAUAACUAUUCACACAUGGUGCUUGCACAAGAAGGGACCUGCAUAUGUUGCCAUGUUCAAGCCCUUGGGAAUUGCCAUUGCAGUGUUCAUGACAGUAACAUUCCUAGGUGACACCCUUUAUCUUGGCAGUGUGGUUGGAUCUAUCAUCAUUGCACUUGGAUUUUACAGUGUCAUGUGGGGACAAAUGAAAGAGAGGAACAUGGCUAUGGCUUUGAAUAUUCAACCUUGUAGCUCCCAAUCAUCCAGCCUAAAAGAUCCUCUUCUUCAAAGAGAUGCCACUGAAGAAAUAUAAUGAUAUACAUGUGCAAACAAUCAGUAUAAACAAGUUUAUAAUAUUUUUUUUUUCUUCAAUGCUAUAGUGAAGAAAUUUGUUUUAUGUGUGGAA